CAAUUCAAGACUUGGCCGUCUGAUCCACCAACGUUUUGGCGGUCGAAUUGGCCCCAAUCGACCAGCAGCGCUGACAGAAUGGUGGCGGAAAAGGUUGCAUGGGAGCAAAUUAUUGAACGUGCUAGCAAAAUCACCUUGCACCAUUUGGAGGCAUGGCGGCUAGAGGAGAGCAGUCCGACGUGGCCGUUCGGCGCGAGGUCCAAGCGGGAGCUCGAGGGGCCGUUGAGAGUCUUGGUGUUCAGAUUUCUGGCAGUGGUACUGCCAGGAGUUUCUUGCUCCGGCCGUUGGCUGCAGCUCGCGCUCGAUGCGUUGAUGCAGAUCGACAUCAACAUUUUGCGAUCUCCAACCGACCUCAACGAGACCACCCUGCCAGCCCUUACCAUCGCGGCGGCACGAGCUGUUUUGAAAGUGGACAAUUGUACCAACGACUUCGCGGUGAACGGUGUUAUCACGCAGUAUAUGUUGGACGUGUGGCGUAAGUUUGUGCAGUCUUGGCCCUCUAGGGACCUCAUGGUGGACGUCACCGCGGUGGACGUCCACAAGAUGGAGCUCUGCCUGCUCAACACGUACAGCUCGCUCACGCCCACGGCCACAUGGCUCGAGGCGUUCCAGGAGCGCUUCAGUGUGCUGGACGGGAUGUCAGGGGUGCUCCCGCCAUCCAUCCAGCAAUGUUUCUGGAAGCAGUGCCUGUGCUACGCUGCCCUGAUCGCCGCUGGGCAGUCGGCCAGCAGCUCGCUCACUCCGCGGCUUCAGGCCAUGGGUGCCGUCAGCCUCUGCCUCGAGUGCGCCGGGCUGGCGACGGGUACGGCUCAAGCCUCUGUCGCCGCGCUCCUGGCCUCCGUCGGCGCCAGCAGCGCGGAGGAGCUGGCGGCUGCCCACCGCCCAUCCGUCAGGGCGAUCCAGCGCGUGCCGCACGGCGUGGCGGUCCGCCUCCUCCACGCCUUGGCAGCGCAGCCCUGA